AGAGAGAAAGAGAGGCAUAUAUAUAUAUAUAUAUAUGAAGAGCUGGGGGAGGGAGGAGGAGGGCAAGCAGCGUAAUUAAUAAGAAAUACAGUGCAAAAAAUGGAAAAUGGGAAGAAGUUUGCGGUUCUGCUGUGCGCGGAGGACCCGGAGUACGUGAAGAAGAAAUACGGGGGGUAUUUUGGGGUUUUCGUGAGAAUGCUGGCGGAGGAAGGGGAGACCUGGGCGGUGUUCCACGUGGCCAGAGGAGAGUUCCCGGCCGACGACGACGCCGGGAAGUUCGACGGCUACGUCAUCACCGGCAGCUGCCACGACGCCCACGCAGACGACGCCUGGAUCUGCAGCCUCCUCCAUCUCCUCGCCAAGCUGGACGCCAUGAAAAAGAAGGUUCUAGGCAUUUGCUUUGGUCAUCAGAUACUCGGAAGAGCAUUAGGGGGAAAGAUCGAACGGGCAACCGCCGGAUGGGACAUCGGUGUGACCCCUAUUCAUAUUUCAUCAUCUUCUUUCUCUUCCAGUCUCUUCUCCUCUUUGAAAUUGCCAGAAUUCCUUCCUGUUAUCGAGUGCCAUCGUGAUGAGAUUAGAGAACUUCCAGUGAAGGCCGAGAUAAUGGGAUGGUCUAACAAGACGGGAAUAGAAAUGUUCAGAUAUGGGGAUCACAUAAUGGGGAUACAAGGCCACCCUGAGUACACCUAUGACAUCAUCCUCCACCUCAUCGAUCGCCUUCUCCAACGCAAUCUCAUCACGGACGACGUCGCCAUUGCUGCAAAGAUGAAGCUCACUAAAGAAGCCGCCGCCUUUGAUGAGCAAAACAGGGAGGCCUGGAAGAAGCUAUGCACCAGCUUCCUCAAAGGUAGAUUAUUGUGACAUAAGAGUACCGCCAAAUGGGAUUUGUUUGGGAACAACGCUUUGUGGUUAGCGUUUAUUUGAAGGUGUACGUACAUAGACUUCGAAAAUGUUGAAGUUAAAAGAUGUUGUUUGGUAGCAUUUUCAAAAUCAUAAACCUAAGAACAAAUCCAUAACAUAGUUGUGGUAUAUAUGUGAUUGCAAGUAUUAGGGAGAUA